AAGGUUAACAAAACUGAUCUCGAUUACUGUUUUUAGAAUAGCCUAUGUUUUGUUGGCUACUAAAUCUUACAAGUAGUCUCCUCCUGUAGGUGGCAGCAAAAUUCCUUUUGCGCUAUUGCUUAUCAUGAGACUUCACAAGAGGCAGGAGAAGAAUUACAACCCGCAUAGUAGUGGGGUUUAAACGUGAACACGGCGAGCUAGCGUAUUAGUGUUGGAUAGUAGGUCUGGUAACGGUAGAGUGCUCCGCUGUCUGCUGUUUGUGCUGGGCUUAAGCGAGAGGGAGAGAGAAGAGGACAACACGCGGGUGUUUCAGAAAGAAAAGAAUAAUCGGCUGCAUCCAUCAUCUAAAGAAUCAGAGAGAAGAGCUACUCUCUGCUUCUAACGUUAGUUUGGUUCGCUAACUAGCUAGCUUGCUGGUUAUUAGCUAGCAGUUAUAGGCUAACGUUGCCAGAUAAGAGAUAGGCUUUUCCGUUCUUUUGAUAAUACAUUUACUUGUCCUCUUCAAGACGGACGCAGUAGCCUACUUUUUUCGUCUCGAGUGUCCUCGUAAAGCGGAAGUUAUUGAUUGCAGCGUAACCAGCGACCGUGGGAGAAGAGGAAAAUGACGGGAAAAUCAGUGAAAGACAUUGACAGAUACCAAGCAGUCCUUACAUCCCUUCUUGCUUUGGAAGAAAACAAGUUCUGCGCCGACUGCCAAGCAAAAGGUCCCAGAUGGGCUUCCUGGAAUCUGGGAAUCUUUAUCUGUAUCCGCUGUGCGGGAAUCCACAGGAACUUGGGGGUGCACAUCUCCCGGGUCAAGUCCGUCAACCUGGACCAAUGGACCCAGGAGCAGAUCCAGUCCGUGCAGGAGAUGGGCAACGCCAAGGCCAGACGACUCUACGAGGCCUUCCUACCAGAGUGCUUCCAGCGCCCAGAAACCGAUCAAACUGCAGAAAUGUUCAUCCGUGACAAGUAUGAGAAGAAGAAGUACAUGGACAAGUGCAUAGACAUCCACUCCUACAGGAAAGAAAAGAACAGCGAUGUGAUCACCAAAGAGCCACCAGUGGUGUUUGAGAAGAUGAAGUUGAAAAAGGAUGACUCACAACGAUCCACCCCCAAGCAAUCUCAGUCUGUCAAUGAUCUGUUGGGGCUAGAUGCCCCGGCCCCCAGAGCUGCGGUAGCCAAUGGGAGGCCGAGUCCUGUGGUGACCCCCGCCCUCGACCUGUUCAGCUCUCUACCUGCCACCUGUUCCCACUCCAACAGGAGCACGCCUGCCUCAGGCUCCAUGCCCAGUGGGCGCGUGGCCGCCUCCGUGCCCGAGAACCUCAGCCUGUUCCUGGACCCACCGGGCAGAGCCGAGGAGAGCGGCGGCGGCGGCAGGGCCGGCAGCGGGCAGAAGCUGUCCAAGGACUCCAUCCUCUCGCUCUACGGCACCUCCUCCAUGUCCCAGACCAACAUGGCCGCCCACGCUGGCAUGUACAUGAACCCUGCCCAGAUGGGCUACCCAGCAACAGCUGCAGCAGCGGCGGCGGGCUAUGGGCAGUACCAGGCCAUGGCAGCCCAGGGGGGCAUGAUGGGUGCCAUGAUCGCCCCCCAGAUGGGCAUGUUGGCGCAGCCCGGCGUGAUGCCCCAGGCGGGCAUGAAUGCCCAGGCAGCGGCGGCAGCAGCGGCGGCGGCUAACCCCUACAUGGCGGGAUCCAUGCAGGGUGGCAUGAUGGGAGGGGUGGCGGGCGUGCCACCUCAGCAGGCCUACGGGGUGCAGCAGGCCCAGCAGCUGCAGUGGAACCUGGCCCAGAUGACUCAGCACAUGGCCGGUAUGAACUUCUACGGCACCAACAGCAUGAUGGGUUACAGUCAGCCCAUGGGCGGAGCCUCCACAGCGACCACGCCCACUUCCGCUCACAUGCUGAGCUCACAAGUCUGGAAGUGAUGUCAUGGCCACCCAGCCAUGUGAUUGGACAAUGGCUCUUGGACAGAGGACAGAAUGGACCAUGGGAUAAGGGGGCGGGGGUGUCAUAUAUUAUACAUACAUACAGACACACACUCAAACACACAAACAGAGACACACAUGCGCACACACUCACUCACACACACACGCGUAAACAUACACACUUCAUCAUGUUCAUUUUUGCCUUCAGACUUUUUGUUACCGCAUAGCAGCAGUGAGCACGGCUGAAAGGUCAAAGGUGAAGUGGGGAUAUGUUCGGAAUUGUGGUUGAUGAUCACAGUGCCACCUGGUGGUUUGGGAGCCAUAUCACGCUUCGCCAUGUCAACCUCACUUCAGCGUGGACCAAUCACUGCAAUCUUUUUGUCAUUCAGCUUCCUCAUUAAUGUGACUUUGCGUUCACUUCCUGUGUAGAUCAAUAAGCAGUGUGGAUUUCCUGAGGAUGAUGUUUUUUUUAGCCCUCUCAUUUAGUUAGCUUGUGUCUAUCACCAGGAAAUCUUUUGGGUUUCGGUUAGUUUUGGCUGCAGGCCUUUGAAGCCGUUUGUAGACCUCACUUUACCGUCAAAGGUAGUCGGCACAGGCGAUGAAAACUAGUGUCUGUGUGUUCAAACAGGGUCAAAGCUGUGACACAGUGUGUAUGUGUGUGUGUGACUAAGCGAGUGAGUCUGUAUCAUGAUCGAUGCUGUGUUGUGUUUAACCAAUACACCUUCACCAAACUCAGGAGUCACCUUUUGAAGCCGAUCAUGAGUUUUGGAAGGACUCAGUGGUACUUUUUCAAUUUCACUUGCACUUGAAUAGCUCACAAUAUGGAGAGAUUGAUUAUUUGAGAAUUGGAACCAAAGACUUGCCGUAGCUUUAGAACUUGUAGAACUACAUGAACAUGUAGAAUCUGUGGCAAACUGCCACUCAGAGUGAGGAAGUACGUUACUGAUGUAAAAACCUGUUAGGACUGACAGGGAAGAACCUGUAGUCAUUGGGCUUUGGUAGACAUUUUUACAGAAAAUAACUGUAAGUCGGGAUUUCAUUUUAUUAUUGUUCGCAAUGCUUUUUCUUCUGACAGCAAACGUGUCUGUUCUUUACGGUUAAGGCCUGAAUGUUUUUCGGUGUGUGUGUGUAUCAGGGAAUUGGUUCAGAUGAAGUCUCAUUAGCACUGUUGCAUGAGGGGGGUUCUUUUCUGUAUGCUGGUUGUCCAGAGAAUGAUUGUACCUGUACUGUACUCUUAGAGAGAAUCAGCUGUCCCAACACCUGGGUUUGAACACAGAGUUAGAAGAGGUAAUGCGCUGUUUUGGUUUGUUUUUCUAAAUGCAACUUUAUGCAUGUGUUUCUGAAUGUCUGAAUCAUUGCUUUCUGAAUGUGUCCUCUGUGUCCAGUCCCUACUGUGUGUGUGUGUGUGUGUGUGUGUGUUUGUCGGAGUCUGUGUUUGUCUGUGGACAUUUGUGUGUGUGUGUGUGUGUGAGGGAGGAGGAGAAAUGGAUCUAGCGUCCCCUUAUCUGUGUGUGCACAUUGUGCAUGUUAGUGUUCGUGCGAGUGUUGUGCUUGCUUAGUGUUUGUCCCGUGUGGGGGUGGUGGGGGGGGGG